AAAAAUAGAUACUGAACUAUACUUUACCUGGUCGCUAAGGUGGUUCCUUAUAUUUUAUACCAUUAAUAUGUAGCUUUCACAUGGAAGAUUUUUUUUGCAGCGGUUGCAGUAAACAUUGAAAGCUAAAGCUGGCAUCUUUCUAGGUAAAUGGUGUGUAAUAGAGGAUGCUACUUAAUCAGCCACAAGAAAAGUAAUUCAGUACUUUUAUUUCUGAGAGUGCAUGAGGUUAUAGGACGUACACACAGCAAUAUCUUUAGAUAUUAUUAAAAUAAGCACAAAGUCUUAACAAUGUCCAUCCUGGACACGACAAAGUUGUACACACAUUCCUGAGUAUUGUCCUGUCACUUAAACAGAUCUGAGUCCAAUCAAAGUGACAGCAUUUAAAAAAUCAUUAAUCCAGUGACUAAUUCAAUGUUUGAUUUGUACAGUUUUACAGAGUACAAAACUAAACCUUUACUUGUUAUUUGGUGUGAUGCACUUAUUCUUUGUAUCUCUAAGGUAUGUUAAAUCUAUACAAAAGUUUAUAAGGACAAUAUUUCAGCAAAAUGACCUUUGCAAUGUAAAACAUCGAAAUGUACACAAUAUGAGAUCCAUAGUAAAUGUACUAUAUGUAGUAGGAGAGUGUACCUAAAAAUCAGGGUAAUUAAUGAUCACAAUAACUUGAUCCUCAUUCGUCACUGCUGUUGAUACGGUGUUUAUCCUGUCCGUACUGUUGCUAGGUAAUGGAUAAACAAUACAACACCUACCCAGUACAUUAGCUUAUGGCAGGCUGGUAGUGCUCAAAAAUCAAAUACUCUGUAAAAAUGAAAGGCCAGGAUUUUAUUACAUUUAACGUUGGAGGGCAAAUUUUCAUCACAAAGGUGUCAACGAUUAGAAGACAUCCACAGUCAAGAUUUGCACACAUGCUAGAUGAAACAGAUCCUGAGUUUAAAGUUGUAAAUAGCCAGGUGUUCAUUGACAGAGACUGGGGGCUGUUUCGGUUUAUAAUGGAGUAUCUGCGGACCGGCCGAAUCACUUUAUCAGGUGAAUUUGAGACUGAUGGACUGUUGCGUGAAGCAGAAUUUUACAACAUCAGCGCUCUUUCUGAUUUUCUGCGCAGCAACAACUGCUAUGCAAAGAGCGAAAUCCUUGAACUUCGCUUUGUCAUUCAAGAUGCUCAAAGUUUCUUUAAGGUGUUCAGUUCCAAGAGCACAACUCUUGAUGUGCUGGCUUCAAGAAUAUCCGUGUUCAUUGAACAACCCAAAAAUCUCACUCAGAAUUUGAUGGAAUGUCUUCCAGUGCGUCGACCCUCGCACCAUGACCUCGUUUUUCAGUGCGGUGCUGAUUGUUCUGAUGGAAAACAGUUGUCUGCAAGAUAUGUCACCAUUGAACCAGACGAACGAAAACUUGUCAAUGCCACAAAUGUUCUUGGCCUGCUGGUUGACACGAUUCUGAGGGACGGCUUUCGCCUGAUCAGCACACGCACAGUUUCUCCGGAAGAAAAAAUUGAGUGUUACACUUUUGAGAGAAAUGAGACUCAAAAUAUUCUUAUCAACGACCUCUGUAAAGCAGAUGGAUCGCAUGUAUCAAAACAAACAGAGAAAAGUACAAAAAAGGCCAAAUCACAGAAGUGAUUAAACCAAAAUUUCACAUGCAUGUGGAAAAAUCCCCAAUAAGAAAAAAACAACAAACAACAAAAAAAACAAUAAUAAUAAAUAAAUAAAAAUCAGCCAAAGUGAGAACCUGAGGCAAUUUGAGGUUUCCCAGAAGAUGGCGAUGCUGUGUUAGUUAGGGCAUGAUGCAUUUGUAAAAAACAAUAUAUAUAUAUAUAUAUAUAUAUAUAUAUAUAUAUAUAUAUAUAUAUAUAUAUAUAUAUAUAUAUAUAUAUAUUAGAUAUUUUAUUAUUUGAGACAAUAAUGUCAUGUGUUAAACAAUCACCAGCAAUGUAUAUUUAAAACAUUAUUGAUAUGUUAUUUGCUCAAACAGACUGACCAUUUUUUGCCUGUUAUGUUCAUGUCCAGAAAGGCCUUUAAAUGUCUGCUUUUUUUUGACCAUUUAUUCUUCUGUUAAUAUGAAUGAUAGCCUACCGCAUAGUAUGUAGAUGUUUGUAAUACCAUUGUAGUGUAUUCUAUAAUCUACACAGUAAAACAACCAGUUCUAAAUAUCUUCAUCUUUAUUUGAAUGUAACUUUCUUUUUGUACACAAUAAAUCAUCUGUAUAAAUUCCUUGCAAUUUGUCACUGAAUUAUAAACCCACAGUAAUCUUUUCUGCCACAUAAAAAGGUUAAGGUUAUAUAUAUAUAUAUAUAUAUAUAUAUAUAUAUAUAUAUAUAUAUAUAUAUAUAUAUAUAUAUAUAUA